CCCGGCUGGGCGGCCAUGGCGGCGCGACGGCGAUGGCGGCCCACGGUCGGCGCGGGAGCCUGGGGCGCGCUCACAUGGUUGGCUCUGGCCUCGUGUGCUCCCGGGGUGGGCGGCGGGGCGCUCGAGUGGUACUCCGCCAUGGUGGGCAUCGAGUACGUGGACCCGCGGUCCAACCUGACGGUGUGGAGCUUGUCGGAGAGCGGCCGCUUCGGCGACAGCUCGCCCAAGGAGGACAAGCAGGGCCUGGUGGGCAUCCCGCGCGCGCCCGGGGACGCGGAGGGCUGCGCGCCCGACACGCGCUUCGUGGCGCCCGGCGGCCUGGGCGCCGAGCCCUGGGUCGCGCUGGUGGCGCGCGGCGACUGCACCUUCAAGGACAAGGUGCUGGCGGCCGCGCGGAAGAACGCCUCGGCGGUGGUGGUCUACAACCAGGAGCGCUACGGGAACGCCACCGAGCCCAUGUCGCACGCGGGAACAGGAAACACAGUUGUCAUUAUGAUUAGCUAUCCAAAAGGACGAGAAAUUUUUGAUCUGGUGCAAAAAGGCAUUCCAGUAAAAAUGACCAUUGGGAUUGGUACCCGCCAUAUGCAGGAGUUCAUCAGUGGUCAGUCCGUGGUGUUUGUGGCCAUUGCCUUCAUCACGAUGAUGAUCAUCUCAUUAGCAUGGCUAAUAUUCUAUUACAUACAGCGCUUCCUGUACACUGGCUCACAGUUUGGAAGUCAGAAUCAUAGAAAGGAAACUAAGAAGGCUAUUGGCCAGCUUCCAUUGCACACCGUAAAGCUUGGAGAGAAGGGAAUUGAUGUUGAUGCUGAGAAUUGUGCAGUGUGUAUUGAAAAUUUUAAAGUCAAGGAUGUUAUCAGAAUCCUGCCAUGCAAGCAUAUUUUUCAUAGAAUAUGCAUUGACCCAUGGCUUUUGGAUCACCGAACAUGUCCAAUGUGUAAACUUGAUGUCAUCAAAGCCCUGGGAUAUUGGGGGGACCCUGAGGAUGCCCAGGAGCCACCCAUCCCAGAAGCUGCCCCGGGAAGUGUUUCUGUUGGGAAUCUGAGUGUGACAUCCCAAGAUGAGGACCGGAGUGGUGAAACCAACCUUCCAUCCUCUUCCUCAAGCGAGUCUGGGCCACGGCGCCCCUGUUUUAAAGACGAUGUGGGGGAAGACUCAGCAUUACUGGGAGCCGGCAGGACUGACUCUCACCAUGGAGGCUCCAUCUGCUAGCACACGCCUCACUGGCAGCCUCACCGACAGAGCCUUGGCUUGGACUACAGGACAUUUAAUUUUUUACUCUAGGGCAUAGUUUGUAUACUUGAAAACAGUGGGUAUUAUUUUACUUUACCUUUCAGAUUCAGGUUUGAUAUACAAAGGGCUGAGAUAUUUUAUUCCUAAAAGACUUUUAAUUAGCCUUCCUCUAUUUAUCUACUGAAGUAUGAUGUCCAUCAGUUUGCUGCGUCCGA